CUAACAUUACGUCCCCGCCAAACCGGCAAACGUAAGGUCCGCCCCUGCCAAGCCCCAUGCCGGAGUAAUAAUAAUAAAGAAUUUCAUCCUCACCUCGAUUGAAAGGUAUUGGAGAAGAUGGCGUUGUUGUUCCUCCGAUUGCCUACCGUUACCGCGUCCGUUUUGCGCAUCGCCCAAUUCAAAGAUGCAUAUGCAACCGUGGCUGUUGAUUUCAACGAAAAAUGGAAGACAUUGAGGAAAUAUAUUUCAAGAUGCAGCAAAGUGGCUUCGACUAUAUACUCCUUGAUCCCCGCCGUGGUUUUCGAUGGGGAAAUUUGGGGGCUUAGGGUUUGCAGCUGGGGUAUAAUUGAAGAAGAGAAGAUGAAGAGGAGGGAAGUUGGGUGAUGAAGAUUGGUGUUGGGUUUGCUGAGGAGUGGGAAGAAGAUGCAGUAUGAUUAUGCUGAGCUACAUUGGCUCGGUUUCAUUAUGAAACAUGAAGUUCACAUUCAUUCUUUUCGGGACUGCUCAAGGCAUCUGAGCAGUUCAUCUGGCACAAAGAAAGUGGAUUUUACAGAUCUCACUCGUCCGCACGCAUGGUACCCACAUGCACGAAGGAAAAGUCGAAAUGUUGUUUUACAUGUGGGUCCAACAAACAGUGGUAAAACACACUGUGCCCUCAGACAACUCCAGUCAAGUUCUUCUGGUAUUUACUGUGGGCCAUUGAGACUGUUGGCAUGGGAGGUGGCAAAACGGUUGAACAAGGCAAAUGUUCCUUGUGACCUUAUAACUGGACAAGAAAGGGAGGAAGUGGAGGGUGCAAAACAUAAAUCUGUAACAGUAGAAAUGGCUGAUGUGUCUGCUGACUACGGGUGUGCCGUUAUUGAUGAGAUUCAGGAAUAUCUGCAGAUGAGCUGCACUUGUGUGGAGACCCUGCAGCUGUUCCCUUGAUUGAGGAAAUUCUUAAAGCGACUGGCGAUAAUGUGAAGGUUAAAUACUAUGAGAGGCUCUCGCCCCUUGUACCAUUGAAGGUUCCUUUGGGCCCAUUUGCCAAUAUACAGACUGGAGACUGCAUUGUCACCUUUUCACGUACUAAAAUUUAUAGGUUUAAGAAACAAAUUGAAAGGGGAGGAAAGCAUCUUUGCUCUGUUGUUUACGGUUCAUUGCCUCCCGAGACUCGGACCAGACAGGCAACGAUGUUCAAUGACACAAACAGUAUGUUUGAUGUUCUGGUGGCAAGUGAUGCUAUUGGGAUGGGUCUCAAUCUUAACAUAUCUAGAAUAAUCUUUUCUACAUUAAAGAAAUUCGAUGGUGUAGACAUACGUGAUCUGUCAGUAUCUGAGAUAAAACAAAUAGCAGGAAGAGCAGGUAGGUAUGGAUCUGAAUUUCCAAUUGGUGAAGUGACUUGUCUAGAUGCUGAUGAUCUACCCUUACUUCAUUCAUCACUCGAUUCCCCAUCUCCUAUCAUUGAGAAAGCUGGUCUAUUCCCAAACUUUGACCUUCUAUAUAUGUAUUCUCGUCUACACCCAAAGUAUGGCCUAUACAAGAUACUGGAGCACUUUGUAGAUAAUGCAAAGCUAUCCGCAAACUACUUUAUAUCUGAUUGUGAUGUAUUGUUGCGAGUUGCUUCUAUUAUAGAUGAGUUGCCACUUAGUUUGCACGAUAAAUAUCUCUUUUGUAUAAGCCCAGUGGACGUCAAUGAUGAUAUAUCAUCCCAGGGCCUCACCCAAUUUGCAACAAAUUAUGCAAAGAAGGGCAUUGUUAGACUUCGGGAAAUAUUUACUCCUGGGACGCUUCAGGUGCCUAAGACACAGGGUGCACUUAAAGAGCUGGAAUCAAUUCACAAGGUUUUGGAUCUCUAUGUUUGGUUAAGUUUUCGGCUGGAAGAGAGCUUUCCAGACCGUGAGCUGGCUGCAUCACAGAAGGCUAUAUGCAGCUUGUUGAUUGAGGAUUUCUUGGAAGGGCUGGGGUGGCAGAAACCAUGGUCAUGAAAUCUGCCUCCAUAAACCAAGGUCAACAUAUUCCCUGCAUGCUGAUAAAGGAUUCUCUUUCCUUUUCUGCCCAUCCCAAAAUCAGUGUGUCAAGGCAAAUGAGAACCUUUUUAUGGGAGGAUGGAAGGAGUAAGAACUUGACCUUUGGAUUCACAGUUUGCCUGACCAAGCCAAUUUUGUAGAUUCACAGUUCUUUUAUAGUUUUUCGUUGAAUUUCAGGGGAUCUAUCAUUCCUAUUUCCUACAUGUGCUCUCUAUCUGUGUCCGAUUUCCUUAUGUCUAAAAAAAGAUCAAAUUAUAAAUUAAACUUUUGUAUGUACAAAGCUGAAAUGUGAAUGUGGCAUGCCCCCAAUAGGGAUAGACGGCCGUUGAAUAAUUAGACUUGGGGCCGUUGAUGAUGUACUUUAGUAUGCGACGCUUAAUAAUAAACAUCAUAAUCACAUGCUUCACUAGGACAGUUGGAGUUUAUCUUAA